UAUAACCUAGACGGCACAAAGAACUUGAAGUAGAAGAAUGUAUCAGAGUGUAAAUAUACACAGUUAUAGAAGACGGAUUAUCAACUGGUGUAUAAGAGUCUGAUCUCUGUUCUAGGGACUGGCGUCCGUAAUAUCACUUUGUACUGAAAAAUAUCUGAGAACAUUUAACUCUGCCAAACACCUGAAAAGUAUUCCUUGGCUUAAAGGUCUAGGAUCUGUCCCUGAAGGAGCUAGAGUAGUACCCCUGAGGAGUGUGGAACCCCUGAAGAGUGUUGUGUUUUGUUUAAAUGCCUAUGAUUACCCAGCACUUUUCACACCAGUUUAUAGAUUACAGGUGCUGUUAAACACCAAAGUUAUAUUGAUUUAUAGAUUGACGGGAAAUUCACUGGUACCAUAUUUUGUGAUAGAAAGGUUGUCACAUUUUAUAGUCUAUGCAGUGUGUUGACACGGAGAAGAAAGUGGUGUUGGUCGUCAGUUGGACAUGCGAUGGUCAUCUGAUGUCUUUUCUGAUAAUGACUACUUCAUUAUAGCUUCAUUGAAAAGACUUGACCUUUAAAUUACUCAAAGUGAAACUGUAUUAGUGGUGUUUUCAAUCAUAAUUUCAUUUGUCAUGGUGCAUGACAACUAUGGCGAUGUGAAAAAAUCUGUGAAAUACGAAAAGGAAAGUGGGCAACCGUUAGUGUAGUGUUAGGCCUAAUCAUGGAUCCUACUUGGUGCUGUGAGUGAACAGUCCUCAUAUACUCCGGGGGACAGUGGUUUUCAGUGAGGAAAUAUGGAGCUGUCACCAGAUAUGGAGGUUCAGAGUCUUAAUCCAGACCUUGACUUGGACACACAAGAAGAUGGUUCAAGGUCUGUACGGCGGAGCAGGGGAGAUAACCCUCUACGUGAGUCUGCAUCGUCUCUUUCUGAGGAAGAGAGGGAGAUGUUUGAAGCAGAAGGUCAGCUGAACCUGACUAUGUGUGAGUUAGAACAGACCCAAGACCUGACAGAAGAGGACUACCUACGCAAUAUCUGGAAGACUCUGGGGGUGGGGCAGCGAGGGUACAUAACUCUGUCUGACCUGUCAGCGGUGUGUGAUCAUAUCGGCAUGGAUGAAAUGGAUGACGAUGAACUACAGCAGCUAUUUGACAAACUGGACUCGGAUGCUGACGGGAAAGUAAGCUUUAAUGAGUUUCUACAUGGUCUGCAGCACAGUGCACCACCAGCAUGUCCCGCCACCCCCCGUUCACUAGGCACCCCUACUCCUCGGACACACUCGGCUCAGAAGAAAAUCAAAGUGAUGGCAUCAGCAAGUGCUGAGGAGAGGUUGACACCAUCCAUAGUAUUGGGGAGCGGUGUGUCGGGAAUCUUCACCACACUAGACCCUACUAACACAGGGUUUUCUAUGCCAGACAACAUCAUUGACCUGUGGGAAAAAUACAAUGUCACGAACGGAGCAGACAUUCUCCUGGCACUAGGGUUUGACCUCAACACCAAGGUCAGUCUGUCGGAGCUGUCCUCGUACCUGGAGCAGGAACUCAUUAACUGUGAUGACCAGAACGCUGUCUACCAGGCAGCCCUCUCCUCCUACCAGCAGGAGAUCAGACACCUCAAGUCAACACUGGAACAAUUUAACUGGGAGACAGAAAAGUUAAAACAAGACUUGUCAGAGGCCAACCUUAGAAACAUAAAGUUAGCUAAGGAGGUGGAUGAACGCCACGCUCACAUGGAACAGAGCACAGAGAGAAAGCUUCUGACGGUAGAGAAGAAGUACCACGAUCAGGUGAAGAUGUUACAGAGUGAACUAGAACACGAGAGGGAGCAAUACAGCACACAGGCUGUUACACAGAAAACCGUCCUCGAGGGUGAAAUGGAACAGCUACGACAGGAGGACAGGAAGCUCAGGGAAAGCUUGGCACAGGCUCAGAAGGAGAUAGAGAGAUUGGAGAGAGACCUGAUCGAUUCCGUAGAGAAACGCACAGAUGUUCAAAAACAAAAUUCUCGCCUUCAAAAGGAACUACAGUCAGUGAAUGACCUUCAGAGAAAGUUGGAUGAAUUUGAGUCCAUUGGCGUGCUUUCUCCAGAGGAAAAGAAAGUGACAGAAGAAAAAAUAGAGAGGGUAAAAAGUGAGAAUAAGGAUUUAAAGGAUCGCAAUGAUGAACUUACCGCAGAGUUAGAGAUGAUAAAGCAGCAAUUCCCCACACUGAAGAAAAAGGAACGCAGUGUUGGUCCCUCUCCACGAGGGUUUGGAUCCCGAAUCCCAGUUAGAGAGGGAUCACUACUCUCUGACUACAUCAAGGCAGGUCGCAGGGGAAUCAGGUCAUCUUUGUCCUCAGAAACAUCUGAUGAUGAGACCCAGUCCUCAGGGUCUACAGGACUCACCCCCAACUACACCAAACGGACACGCCGGAAACUUCCGCAGGCUCCUGAUGACGAGGAUGCGGGAAACUGGAUCAAACAUUGGGAAACACGUGUCAGCAGCAUACAGAAUGACAGGGAACAGAUUGAGAACCUUAAAAAGGAGCUGAUUGACCUUAAAAACCACAUGGAAAAGGAGCACAAGGAGAUUGAGCACACCUACAGAGAGAAACUCUCUAAGAUGGAGGAGAGUCAUGACAACCAGAAAGUUGAACUAUUAAAGAAAUUUGAACAAGAAAAGAGUGAUAUUUAUGAGGAGUGUGAACACAUAAAACAAACAGAAUUGGCCGCUCGGCAACAGCAGCUCCAGAACUUCUUUGCUAAAGAAAAACAGGACAUGAUGGACAAACACGAGUACGAGAAGAGUUCACUAAAUCAGCGAUUUGUUGAGGAGAAGGAUGCUAUGAUUAAGAGUCUACAAGUAGAGUAUGCCCAGGACCUGGAGGUACAAGUGACAGCAGUACAAGAGGACUACGCCCGUGACAAGGCAGAACUUGAGGCCUACAUAACAAACCCCAAUGAGUCACAGCUUCAGCAGCUGGAACAGGAGAAGGCUGAGCUCGAAGAGAAGCUGUUUGAGCACCAGGAAGAGAUGGAACACCGCAUUGAGGAGGCAAGGACGAGGCUCAGGGAGGAAUUAGAAGCUACCAAGGAGGAGGAAAUAUUAAAACUUAAGUCUCAAUUUGAAAAUGAGAGUGCAAAAAUGAGAACAGACAUAAAUGUGAAUAGUCAAAAUGAUAUACAUAGGUUAGAGGUUAAAUUUGAGGAAGAGAAAACCAAGUUAAGAGUGGAUUUUGAAUCUGCAAGAGAGGAAGACAAGAGUGAGUUUGAUCUUAACAUCUUGCAGCAAAGAGAGGAGCUAGAAGCAAGAUAUAAUAAAGAAAGGGAAAACUUGGAGGAAAAGUAUGAGGACCAGCUACGGAGGCUGAACGAUGAACUACAGGCAAAGAUAAAGGAAUACGAAAACAGUCUCUCCGAGGGAGUGGAUGCCCUGAAAGGAAAGACAAAGGAGGACUUCUUCAACAUUCUGUCUAGUGAGAAGGACUUGAUUGCUGUGAGACAGAAGGAGGAGGUGUCUCGGGGUAUAGAGAAGGAGAAAGUGGAGCUGGAAGGGCAGUAUACCAGUCGCAUACAGGAGCUAGAGCAAGCCUUUGCCCAGGAGAAGGAGGAGCUGCGAGACAGGUAUGAAGGUCAGAUUGUGGGACUCCGGAGUCAGCUUGAACGUCUCACUGUGAGGUUAGAUGAGGAGAGGGAAGCCAUGGAGGAGCGGUUUGAGGAGGAGAGGGAAACGCUCGAGGAGGAGCUGGCUCGUACUAUUAAGGAGGAACUAGAGGAUGAAUUUACCCAGCAAGUAGAGCAGCUCAAGGCAUCAUUUGAGAGUGAGAAGGUGGAGCUUCACCGUCAGAUUGACAUGUACCAGGAGGAGACUGAAGAACUACAGAAAGAUUUGGAGCAGAGGGAAACAUCUGUUGGAAAGGAAGAGGAACUGCGACUCACCAUUUCCACAUUAAAAAGAGAAAAACAGCUGGCAGAGAAAGCCCAGGAAGAGGCCCAGCGGAAUCUGGAGGAGAAUAAGUCCAGUUUGGAGUCACGGAUAGAAAGCCUUCUAACGGAGCGGGAGGAGGUCAUUACAGCAGUGAAGGCAUCAGAAGUCCACCUGGCUAAGGAAUCUGUAGACAAGCACUCAGUGGUGGUCAAAGAAAAGGUAGCCUUGGAGAAGGAGGUAUCCAAGCUUAGGAGGCAUGCCCUGGAGCUACAGGUGGACAACCAGAGGCUCAGUGCCCUUCAGGAGACUGCAUACAAUGACUGGGAUCAAGAGAAGACCGAGUAUGUGCAGAGAAUUCAGGAGUUGGAGGCACAACUAAAAGACCACGCUACAGAAUUGAUACCCCCUCACGCACAGAAUGUGAUUGACAGUCUACGGAGGGAACGUGAUGACCUUGACCAUACACUGGCCUCGGCCAAACAAAAAUUUCAGGACGUUGAUGAUAGGGUCAAAAAGAUGACUGAGCAACAGAUGGCAUUUAACUCGGCUAAUAGCAGCAUGAGCUCAGAGAACAAGAACUUGCAGGUCAAGGUGGAGUUACUUAACAACGAUCUAGGGGAGACAAACAGCAGCCUGGAACGAGAAAAGGAGAAAAUGAUGGCACUUCAGUUAGAAAAAGAAAGACUAGAAAAUGAGUUAACAAAGGUCUCCUAUCAGCUGGAAGAUACAAGUCAGAAGCUGGCUGAUCACAAGGCCGACCAUGAAUCUGAGAUCAGUAAACUGAAGGACAUGAACAGCAACUCCAUAGACCCUAAGAAGUUCACCAUGUUGCAAGGCGACCUAGUUGAUCACCAACGACAACUGCGUGACCUCCAUGAUGCUCUGGAAGCAAAAGAAAACGAGAAGAACAGGACAUUUAAAGUUAAAGAGGAGGAGAUCAACAAAAUCAUGGAAAGUUUGGAGGAGGACAAAGUUAACCUCAGACGCAAACUCCGUCUUACUCAGGAGAUGUUAGACGAACAGCUGGAGAAAAUAAAAUCUCACUACUCGGACUGUGACAAGAGAAACCUUUUGGUGGUGGACUUAUAUAAGGAGAACGCGGACAUGAUGGAGUCGCUCUUUAUGAUGGAGGAGAAGAAGAAAGAUGCAGUAUCGCGUUGUUAUAAACUAGAAGAUCAGUGUAAAACACUCCGGAAGAUGCUCAAGAAAGUUGUUCAUGUCACAAUAACCUGAAACUGGAGGUUCCUCAAGAAGAUCUGAAAGAUAACUCUGGCCUUAAGUAGCUCCCAUGACUCAGAAGGCGGCUCCAUCUUGCAUUGAUCUGGGUCUUAAAGCCUGAAGGAUCAUACAUAUAUAUCCUAAAAACAUGUGUCCUGAAACGUCCGAAAGGUCAUGUAAACUGAAGGUCAUGUGUCCUCAAACGUAGGAAGAGUCAUGUAUCCUGAAGGUCAGUCCAAAGGUUAUGUAUCCUACUGAAGGUCAUGUGUCCUGAAAUGUCAAAACUCGUGUAUUCUGAAGGUCAAACAUACUACAGGCUGACAUAUGAGGGAGAGAAAGUACUUCAGCAUUGUCUUAUUCUCUCAAUGGACUGUGCUCAUCGCACCCAUUAUGACUGCAGCAAUGUUGAGUCUGUGUUACAGGGUUUAAGCUUGACUGCUGGACUAGCCACCAAAGUUCACAUUAUAAAACACAAUUGGCAGCUGAUUCUAUUUAUUUGUUUGCAAGUAAUAAACAUGUAAAGUAUGUCUUAUACUAAGCAGCAGAAUGAGCCAGUUCUCCAAAACAAGUGUGUGUUGUUGGAAGUGAAAUAUGACACUUUAUAUCAGCAGAUAUGUUGAUGAACCCUGAAGAUGUUUGGCAGUAAAGACAUUGUAAGUAGGUAUACCUUAAUUGGUACCAGUUGUAAAACAGGUAUAUGUGUAGUGAUAUACCAAAGAGGCCAAAUAAACUAUGUCAUUACAUUAUGUAUAUAGUACCUUGUUCUACAUAUAGCAUGAAAGAUGCAUAUUGGGCCAAGCUUUUGUAUUUUCUUAUGUUUUGAUAGAGCAUUCAUUAUACAUAUAUAUGCCGAGGCAUUGACAAAUGGAACUGUGAUGUUCCGUGAAUGGAUAAAGGAACAAAGGGAACAGUGAUGUUCCGUGGAUGGACCAAGGGACAAAGGGAACAGUGAUGUUCCGUGGAUGGACCAAGGGACAAAGGGAACAGUGCAUGAGGUCCAUAAAGGAUGUGAAUGUGAUAAACUUCUAGUACACAAAAAUGGACAAUAUUUUGCAAUCAUGGCUAGGUCAUUAUUGAGCAUUUUUUACGGAGGCGUUUAUAACGCCUGCCGUAUUGAGAUCACCUAUCUGACGUGACGUCAGUAGUUUCUUUCCAGCGGAAGUACGGAAUUUGCGACGUCUGGUGGUAACCUCCGGUACUGAAAAUGCUAGGGGGACAACUUUUGUAGCACUUCGUUCAUAGUAUAUGUCCUGAUAAUGUUGUUAACAUUUUAGUUUACACUAUUUUCAAUAACAAUAACAAUAAUGACUUUAAAAUCUUUAUACAAUAACUCCCCUACAUUUAUUUUUGAACAUUUA